AUGCUUGCUGAAUUUGAGAUAGAUGGGUCGUCUUUGAGGGAAGAUCAGAUAGUUCCGUGGGUUGAUCUACCUCCCGAGCUUCUAUCACCAAUUGCCAAUUCUUUGGGCAUAAUCGAUCUUCUUAGUCUCCGUGGUGUUUGCAAGGAUUGGCGCUCGGCUCCUUCCACAGCUUCGACUGAGAUUAAGUCUGUGCCAGACACUAAGCCUUGGUUCAUACUAUAUGAAGAGACUGAAAAAUGUACUUUGUAUAAUCCAAAUGUCAAGAAGAUCUAUAGUAUCAAUUUUCCGAAGCUAAUGGAUUCAACUUGCCUUGCAUCGAACCAGGGAUGGCUACUCCUCUUCCAGGAAGGCUCUAUUUUCUUCUUCUGCCCUUUCUCACGAGCCAGAAUCGAUCUCCCACAGUUCCCUCACCAAGAAAUGUCCGACCAUAUCGCAGCAUUCUCGUGUCCUCCCACUUCAUUUGAUUGCAUUGUGUCAAUCAUCAAUCGAUGCGAUGAAAACACAUUGGAGAUAAAUGUGCUUAAGAGAGGAGACACUACGUGGACUAAGAACACAUUUGAACGCAACAAAUGGAGCUUUGGCACGACUGUUGGAGGCAUUUUCUGCGAUAAAAAUGGAACCUUUUAUUAUUUGGAUGACACGAGCAGAACUUUGACCUUCUCUACAGAGGAGAGGAAGGAGAGAAACUGCACUAUAUAUCGAAUUAGAACUUAUUCACCUGAUGCCAAGAGAAUUUUUGGAUUCCUUCCAUUUCGUUAUGAGCAGAAUUAUUUUAGAGAUUCGGGUUUACAAGAUUGGAUAGGGCUGAAGGACGACGUUUCGAUUUCAACCUGUGGGGCGAUUAUACCGGGACGUAGGAGCAAUCUUCUCAUUAGAAACGAAUGCAUUGAGGCAUCAAACGGGACAUCAAAAUGCCAAAUGAAAGGAAUAUGGAUUCAACCAAGAUUCUUUCAAAUUCCUGUCACUCAGAGCUGGUUAGUUUGA